CUGAACAAAUUGAUGCGUUAGAGUUUCCAUUCCCUUCCGGUGUUUCGAUUUUUUUUCUGGACAAGACGUUCUUCAAGUUUGAUGGUGAAUCGGCAAUGCUUUCAUGUGUUCUCCGCGUUUUGUUGCGGGGCCCUUGCGGGCGUGAUGCUGACGACGCCCGCAAAUUCAUUUCUACGGCUGCGAUUAAGCAUCGGUGAACAUUGUUCCCCAAAUGUGGAAGACAUAAGUUACUGGUUGCAGCAAAGUGGAUCAGACAAGUUUCAUACUCAUCACUACGAGCGUUACUACAAAAGCUGGUUGGGAGAUAUGAGAUGCAAACAUGAUUUGAAAAUAGUUGAGAUUGGCGCGCAAAAAGGGCAGUCUUUGAAUGCCUGGGAAAGGAUUUUCCCGAACUCUGAAGUCAUUCUGGGCGUAGCAUACGGCUCAGGAACAACUCGACUGGAAGACCACGUUUCAAAGAGAAUAUCCCUGUUAUGGGGCGAUCAAUCCAAAAAAGAAACCAUGGAUGCCGUGGUCGAACGAGGUCCUUGGGACAUCAUUAUCGAUGAUGGCUCACACUUGCCACAACAUAUGAUGUACAGUUUCUUUUCCUUGUGGCAGAAAGCGUUGAAACCAGGUGGCAUUUAUGUCAUCGAAGAUUUGGAAACCAAUUAUUGGCGUGAUGGGGACGGACUUUACGGAUACAUUUUUUCUUCCGUCGGCAUUGCCACCACUGCAAAUUAUUCGGCUGUGAAAAAAAUUGAUCAGAUCAGGGAAGUUCUGAUGCGUUUUCAAAUCGGAGCCAGAAAUUUGACCGUCGCGCCAGGCGAUGGGGAGCUUUGUGCCAUUGAAUGGGGCAUGAACAUUGUACGAUUACGGAAAUGCACCGAGGCAGAAGUCAAGAGCAACCCGCCGUGGGCGCCGAUCCAUUACGACGAACACAUGAUGGACGGUUGGUUGCGAGAGGCGCAUUCAACAAAUCCUGCUUUGUGAAAUAUCCAGAUUUGCCAUUGGACACCUUAGCUGGUUGGACUUGGUGUCAAAGACUUGAAAAAGUGGUGAACUGGCAACGAAGCCAGAGAUUCACCCGGUGCUGUCUCAACGGCAUAGGAGCACAUCCAGAACCAUGGCUACGUGAAAA